AUGCCAGGUCUGUUGCUGGGCUCUUGGCAGCAGCCUCUCAGUCUCCUGCUGCCAGGCCCUGGUAACCCCAUUCUGCCAUAUGCAGCAUCUGUCCGCGCUGUGCCUGGCUUAUUUCACUUGCACGAUGUCCCCACACGUGUCCAAGUUGUCAUCACUUGCCCAUCAGAGCAAGUGGUGAGCCAUUUCGUCACGCGCCUGCAGUAUCGGACGGCAUUCAUCACUCUGCAGGCACCAGGAGUUAAGAUGGCCCAAAACUUGGGGGAAGCUGGGAACUCAUGGAAUGACCAUUCGGGCUUCGUCUCUGCCUCCAGAGUGCUCAAGGUGGGAGAGGAGCCCGUGCGUGUUUGCCCCAUGGGUCAGCCCCGUCCAUUGAGCUCCAGUCAGAGCUCCCCAGGCUCCUCGUGCUCUAUGGGUUUCACAGUCUCUGUGGCUCGAAGACUUUGGCAGUUUGGAGAAGAGGAGGUAUUUGUGCGCUUCCCUCGAUCUGGGGACUCAAGAGAUGACUUUAACGUGGAGCAUGGACAUCCAGAAACUUCUUCAGUAAAGCAGCAAUGGGACCGCCGCAUCACCACCACAACCAGGAGGCCAGAUGCAGCCAAGGCCCCCGCAAACCCUGCAGUGGAUGACUUUAGCUUGGCUGAUGCCUUGGAUGACAGAAAUGACCGAGAUGAUGGCCCAAAGAAGCCCAGCGCAGGAGGAGGCGAAGGGUUUUCAGACAAAGAUCUUGAAGACACACUAAGUGGUGGCUACAGACCUGAUAAAAAUAAAGGUGACGGUGGCUACGGCAGCAGUGACGACCCCGGAUCCGGCCUGUCUGUGGAGACUGGCACCAUCGCCGGCGUGGCCAGUGCUCUGGCCAUGGCCCUCUUCGGCGCUGUGUCCAGCUACAUCUCCUACCAGCAGAAGAAGUUCUGCUUCAGCAUCCAGCAGGGGCUGAACGCAGACUACGUGAAGGGGGAGAACCUGGAGGCCGUGGUGAGCGAGGAGCCACAAGUCAAGUACUCGGCACUGCAGACACAGUCCGCGGAGUCGCCGCCGCCCAACCCAGACGCGCCCCGCAUCUGAGCCCGGCUCCCUUGCAGCAACAGUGCGGAGGGCGCCACCGCUUGUGAUCGCUGACCCCCACGGCCCCCCAGCCGCUGCGUGCGCCCCUGUGUCAUUGGCUUCCUGUCGCUCUGACCUUCAGACAAGCUUUGUGUGUCCGUGAGUGUGGUUCCCGCGCCCGCCUCGCGCACUUCCGUGAAGAGACUCUGCUGGCCUGGCCCGGCCCGGCAGGCGGCCAGCACCAGCCUCAGAUCUGUGGCUGAGGUUGCAGCCAGCCCGGCCUGGGCCUCAGCCUGGGGAUGCGGGGUUCCUUGUGGGCUUUCUUCCCAGUCCCAGGUUUCCUGUUGCAGGCCUAGGUGUAGGCCUGCAGUUGUCCUCCAGGGCUGGCCUGGGGCCACCUGGCCUGGGCAGGAGCAGAGCUGGCUUUGAAGGAGGCCCACACGUGCCAGUAUCAGUUUCCAGUGUCAAGAAGUGCUUGGUGUCAAGAAGUGCUUGGGGACUCAGGAUGUGUCACUGCUCACUGCCACCCUGUGCCACAGGCCGGGUGGGGUGGUUCCCCGCCAUCCUCUGCGCUGGGAUGAGGCAACUCCCUAAUUUUUUUUUUAAAGGAAACCAAUGAAAACCAAACUGCCCCCACGUGCUGUGUACUGCAUGCCUAGUGUGUGCGUGUGCGUGUGUGUGUGUGUGCGUGUGUGUUCGUGGUUUUAAAGCCCCCAUGGUGAAGGCCAUCGGGGCACUGCCGUCCUUUUAGGGGACUGAGAUCCCAGACUGUGGGUCUGGAGGGGCUGCGGCACCUUGAGGAGGGGACAUGUGGCCUGAGAAGACCCGUCUUCCAGGAGCUGAGUAGUGCCGGAAGCUCUGCUUGCAGGACUGGCUCAGGGUGGUCAGCUUUGUGUCCCGCUGACAGCCAGUGCCAGCCUGGACCUGGUGUGGAGGGUUCUGCAGCUCGGGCCUGAUGGCACCUAGGUAGCAGGGGUGGGGCCGCCUCACUUCUCCUGAGGCCUGCCCACUGGCAGAGGCCUUGGGAGCCUGCAGCCGUGUGUAAAAUAAAUGCUCUUCGCAAAAACGUUUUUCUGGGUAGCACUGAAAAGCAGCCCACUUUUUUUUUCCUUUAGCAACCUCGGUGCCUUCUGCAUAAAGCCCUUCUGCAUAAAACCCAUCACUUGGCCCCGUGGGCACUGGCUCCAGGCACCUGGACAGGCCCGGGCCACCCCUCAGCCUCCUGUUCGCAGUCUCAUCCCAGGGGCUCUUCUUCCGCUGUCACCUUACACUUGCUCGGGCGCUGUGGCCGACACAAGCCUGGCGGGCUCCUCUCCUAACUGUGUCUACCUGAAGGUUCCUUGGCCAGUGUGGGCCUGUUCCAGGUGGGAGGAGAGGGAAGAGACUAGAAGGGCCAGCCGAAAGGUCCCAUCUCUGCCAGCCACCAGCAGAGGGGGUACCUGGCAGCUUUGGCUGCAUGAGAGGCUGAGGGUGCCUGGUAGGGAAGCACCCUUGGGUGUGGGCAGGCCCAGCUCUGCAAGGAAGACAUGCUGGAGACCGUCCUCUGACCCCUGUCCAUCCUCAUCUGUGCUCGUGUCCACAUGUGAACUGUAAACUGUCCACUGUCUGCAUUAAACAAAAC